AUGCCUAUCAUAUUUUCUACAUCUUCACUGGCUUUGCCUGGUACUUUGGCACGGUUCGCUGGCUUAGACUUUCUUAAGAAGGCUGCCAUAGCCCUUAAAUCAGGAGGUGCUCUCUAUCUUCCAACUAAUGUAUUACUUAUAGCCUUCUUCAAUUAUUAUUACACGUUUCUCCAAUUGGAUCCUGAUGAUCUUAGUGAGCAAUUGAAGCGGCAAGGCGCUUCGAUACCGCUUGUGAGGCCAGGAAAAAGUACAGCUGCUUAUAUUAAAACAGUUCUUAGUCGCAUAUCUGUCCUGGGAUCUGCAUUUCUUGCUGUGCUAGCUGCUGGACCAUCUGUAGUUGAACAGAUAAGUCACUUGACAGCAUUCGGGAUUUGCUGGGACUUCAGUGCUUAUCCUUGUUGGAUGUGCAACAGACACAGCUCGGAAAGUUCAAGCAGAAAUAAUUUCCCAGAAAUAUAA